AACGGUCGCGGCAGUCCAGUCUGAGUCAAAAAUAGUGGAAAAGAUCGAGCUUGAGGGCGAAAGCUGAGGCAGAGAGAUGGCGAGAAGGGCGGAUGAGGAAUACGACUAUUUGUUCAAGGUCGUCCUGAUCGGCGACUCCGGCGUCGGCAAAACUAAUCUACUCUCCCGUUUCACCCGCAACGAGUUCAACCUCGAGUCCAAGUCCACAAUCGGCGUCGAAUUCGCCACCAGGACCCUCCAGGUUGAAGGUCGGAUAAUAAAAGCCCAAAUAUGGGACACUGCAGGCCAGGAGCGGUACCGAGCAAUAACCAGUGCCUACUACCGCGGAGCCCUUGGUGCUAUUAUAGUCUAUGAUGUGACCAAGUCGACAACUUUUGAGAAUAUCAGCCGGUGGCUCAAGGAACUUCGCGACCAUGCUGACUCUAAUAUUGCAAUCAUGCUUGUUGGCAACAAGACAGACAUAAAGCAGCAGCUUGCAGUGGCCUCUGAAGAUGCACACAGCUACGCAGAGAAGGAAGGACUUUCUUUCAUAGAGACAUCAGCUUUGGAUGCUACAAAUGUGGAGCAAGCCUUUCAGAUGAUUCUUGCAGAGAUAUACCGCGGCAUUAGCAAAAAGAACAUCUCAUCGGAUGAGCCUGGGUUUGGGGGUGCAGGUGUUAAAGAAGGAAAGACCAUCGACGUUUCAGUAUCGGAGUCCAAUGGUACAAAGAAGCAAUGCUGUUCAACAUAAUGGUUUACGAUCUCUUUGUUUCUUAAGCAUGUAAUGGUUUCAAAUUUCUCAAUGUGGCUUCUCUAUUAUCAUUCCUUGUGAUUACCUGGUGCAGUGAAAAUAUAUUAGGACAAAAAUUAAAAGGACAUUCUAAAUUAUACAGAUCA